CGACUGCCGGCGGGAGCCCGCCGCUAGAGGGUCUCGGCGACUUUCUUCCUGCACCAAGUUUCAGUUCCGAGGUCUAACAUCCAGACGCAAAAUGGUUGCCUCCUCUCUGGCUUUCGUGAGAGCGAGCGGGCUUUGCCAGGGGGGCCUGAGGCGCUGGGCGAGGCUGUCAGGGCCCGCAAAGCUCCGGAUGGGAGGCCACAUCACUCGGACCCCUGCCCGGACUGCGGCCACGGUGGUGGUGGAGCCCGCGGGCCGCGUGUGCUGGGACGAGCCGGUGCGCAUCGCCGUGCACGGCCUGGCCCCCGAGCAGCCCGUGGCGCUGCGCGCGUCCCUGCGCGACGAGAAGGGCGCGCUCUUCCGGGCCCACGCGCGCUACCGCGCCGACGCCCGCGGCCAGCUGGACCUGCAGCGCGCGCCCGCGCUGGGCGGCAGCUUCGCGGGGCUCGAGCCCAUGGGGCUCGUCUGGGCCCUGCAGCCCGACAGGCCCUUCUGGCGCUUGCUCAAGCGGGACGUGCAGACGCCCUUGCUGCUGGAGCUGGAGGUGCUGGACGGCCGCGAGCCCGCCGGGCCCGGCGAGCCCGAGGGCGGGCGCGUGCUGGCGCGGGCGGUGCACGAGCGGCACUUCAUGGCGGCCGGGGUGCGGCGGGUGCCGGUGCGCGAGGGCCGGGUGCGGGCCACCCUCUUCCUGCCGCCAGAACCUGGGCCCUAUCCAGGGAUUGUGGACUUGUUUGGAGUUGGAGGAGGCCUCCUGGAGUAUCGAGCAAGCCUGCUGGCUGGGAAGGGUUUUGCUGUGAUGGCGCUGGCUUAUUACAACUAUGACGACCUCCCCAAGGGCAUGGAUACCAUGCGUGUUGAGUACUUUGAAGAAGCUCUGAACUUCCUGCGCAAUCACCCUGAGGUAAAGGGUCCAGGAAUUGGGCUCCUUGGGAAUUCCAAAGGAGGCGAACUCGGCCUUGCUGUCACCUCUUUCCUGAAGGGUGUCACGGCUGCUGUCAUAAUCAAUGGCUCUGUGGCUGCUGUUGGGGGAACCAUACACUACAAGGAUGAGUCUGUGCCCCCUGUGAGUUUGCUCAGGAAUCGAGUCAAGUUCACAAAAGAUGGCAUCAUGGAUGUGAUAGAAGGCCUGCAAAGCCCUUUGGUAGAAGAGAAGAGCUUCAUUCCUGUGGAAAGGUCUGACACUGCCUUCCUGUUCCUUGUGGGUCAGGAUGACCACAACUGGAAGAGUGAGUUCUAUGCAAAUGAGGCCUCUAAGCGCCUAGAGGCCCAUGGGAAGGCAAAGCCCCAGAUCAUCCUUUACCCUGAGGCAGGGCACUAUAUUGAGCCCCCUUACUUCCCCUUGUGCAGGGCAGCCAUGCACCUCUUGGUUGGGGCUAAUAUCUUGUUUGGAGGAGAACCCAAGGCUCAUGCAGUGGCCCAAGUGGAUGCAUGGAAGCAACUCCAGACUUUCUUCCACAAACACUUGGGCUGAAGUUAGGAGGCACUCUAAUGAACACAGGGAAAAAGAUAAAAAUAUAUUCUAAGAACAUCAGUUAAAAUUACUCCAGUUGAAAUUUUAUUUUUUUUAUUGUUUUGUUUUGGUAUUUUUGUGCUGGUCCUGAGGCUUGAACUCAGCCUGGGUG